AUGAUCAUUCAACAAAUCACACCUCAAUCAGCAUUUUCUUUGAUAUGUGUCUUUGCCCUCUGGAUGCCCUAUACACAUUCACACUUUGUGGAGCAGUUGGAUUCUAUACCUCCAGAAGACUUUUACUUCACCUAUGAUGAAAUCAUGGAAGUCCUAGAGCCGGAACCUGCACACAUAUCACCUGAUGUACCCAACUCUAAUCUUUGGGAUGACAAUCUUGGAUUAUCUCACCCAAAACCAUAUGAAAUUGCAACACAUGAGACACACAAGCUAACAACACCCACAUCAACAUCACAUCCUUCAGAAGGCCAAAUUACAAGUGAAGAACAUCACAAACCAACUCAUGAUAUUCUGUCAAACCAAAGAGAUCUACUCUCAAACUACGAUGAAAUUUGGGCAGCCCUGGAGUCUGCACCAGCGCAAACUUCACCUGAGGUACCCGACUUCAAUUUCUGGGAUGACAAUCCUGGAGUAUCUCACCAAAACACCUAUGGAUUAGCAUCACAUGACACACAUGAUCCAACAACUUCUACAUCCACAGCAGAUAUUUCAGAAGGUCCAAUUACAAGUGAACAACACAACAGACCAACUGGCAAUGUUUUGUCAAAACAAAAAGGUCUACUUGUGGAGUCUCUUCCAGGUGAAUCAUCAUCUCCCAAUAGGGGUGAGAAGCAAGAUCAUUCUUUGGAAUUACCCAAAAUUGAGGCAGUUGACAUUGAAAGCUUCAUUGUCCAUGAACCUGUGAAGCUUUUUUCAAAUGCAGCAAUAAUCCUUGCAGAAUUACACAAAGACAAGAUAUUGGAAGAAUCACAGAAAAUACUAGAUGAGAAUCAAUUGGAGGAAGCAAGUUUAAUUUGGACUGAACAAACAAUUCUCCCUUUGGUUUAUUUCAUAAUUUUGCGUCAACCUUCGGUUGAAAUGAUGAGAAGGACCAUGAAAAUCACGGCGGUUUACAUGGCAGCUUACCAUCGAGAGUUUCUUACGGACUCCAAAAAGAUUGACUUCCCAAAACUUAUGAAUUUUUUAAUCUGGAAUAUGGAAAUCUUCUAUUUGAUGUUAGAUCCUUUGAUAGAUUCACGAGUAACCGAGCAAGAAGGAAAAGAACAAGCCAUUCUGUUUGGUGGAAGAAGAAAUAUACAUCCAUUGUCACGCACGUUCCUCUCACUUCAUGACACGCAAGUUCAUACAAACACGUUUAUCCGGUCAAAUCGAAGUGUUCGCCGGUUAUUUACAGAAAACCUUUUGUUGGCUUGGAAGCAGGAUGUGGAGGCAGGAUAUGGGAGUUGGAUGCCGGGACACGACGGGCCCUUCGGCAUAUGGGAGCAUUGGAUACAGAAAGCUGCUCAGAUCAGACUGAUAGGUCAACAAGACAAUCCCUUCCCAUUGGAGUCAAACCACAACAGCCUGCUCUUGUUGGACCAUCUUCGAUUGAUGACUAUUCAGGGUCCUCCCCGGAAACCUCUCAAGAUCGAUGGAGUCCACAAGUGGAGCGUAGCACUUGAUUAUUUCAUUCGUGUAUAUGCACCUGCUCAUGGAGUUCAAGAAAAUCCUACUUCAGUCAAACUCCUUUCUAAAUUACUGGAUCUCCAUCAGUCUGAAUCCGAGGUCCAAAAAUUCUGGGCAAGCUUUGACUGGGGUACGUGGCAGCCUGGGAACACAAAUCGAAAAUUAGGAACCCGUCACAGAAAGAAUGUCACUCCAGAUCAAGAAACUUCACCUGAAGACUUGUCUUAUCGCCUAUUACAAGAAAUCAAAACCAAAUCGAAACCAAAAGAAGAUAACUUGAAGCCUUGCACAGGUCAAUCAUCUCUUCCCCUUCCUAAAACUCAUGGUCAUCACUCCCCAAAUGUUGAACAAAGUGAACAGCUGGACUUUAUCAUGACCCAUGAGCCCUUGGAAGCAUAUUCAAGGGCUGCAAGAAUCCUUGCAAAAUAUCAUACAGUGGGCAUAUUGGCAGAAUUGGGAAAAUCGCUCAACUCCGAUCAAGCAGAAGAAACAGAGCAAUUGCACCAAACUGGCAACAAACGACCUCUAGGCACAUUGGCUCGUAUAUUCCUGUCACUUCACGACCAUACAACUUAUUAUGCCACAUUUCACCGCGCAUCCACAGAGUAUCUUCGAUCGUUUGUCGAAAGGCAUUUUUCAAUCUGGAAGCAAGACCUGAAAUUAGGAUAUGGGAAUGUCAUCCCGGCCAAACAUGCGGAAGCCGACCUCUGGGAGUGUUGGAAUUCUAAAGCAACUCGGAUCAGACUCUUUACGGAGCAAAACAAAGACCAUAACCCUCAUGAAUCCCUCCAUCAUCCAAGCCCUUAUGUUCGCUUGAGUAUCACUGAUUGGAAUUUUGCUCCGCCAUCGAUUUCCUCAAGUAAACCUCAUGAAUUAGACGAGCUGCCACUGUUGUUGACCCAAGAACCCUUUCAGAAAUCCCUUCCAAUUGAUAGAGCUCAACAAUCAGCCUUAGAACUCAAUCAUUUCUUAGAUCCACGUCUUCGUAAAGUCGAAGAGGGCCCAGCUUCAGCCAACCUUAUCACUAAAUUCCUGCAUCUCAAGGAGUCUAGAGUAGAGUUUCAAAAUUGGAAAAGCUUGUUGAUUUCCAGGGAUUACGAAAACGAACAAAAAAGAAAAAGAAAAUUGGGAGUCCAAUCACCUUCGUUUGGAGAACGCAGAACAACAGAAGAAUCAAAUCACUUGACAACUCAAGGAAGAAAGAAACAAACCAAGUAG